AUGUUGGGGUCGCGGCAGGUGGCAAAGUCGGCACCGCAACUGUCGGUGGAAGAGGCGUGGCAGUCGGUGCGGGCGUCGGCUCAGAUGCACAAGCAAGACUCAUUUACCGAGGAAGAGCUGCGCGACCUGCUAGGCGACACGCCUCCUGCGGAUGUCUUCUCCUGGCGCAGCCCCUCAGCGCGAAAACUAGGGCUCGACAAGGACACGGUAUCCACCGACGAACUGGUUCGUCUGAUGGUGGACGAGCCUCGCCUGAUUCGCCGCCCGCUCAUUCAGGUCGAAGGACGGCUAAUCGUGGGCACCGACAAGAAGGCUAUGGCGGAGGCGUUCGGCUAG